AUGAAGCAGGUGUUGAAAAGUUCUCAGACUGACCGACACUACGAUCAGCUUCUUAUUCUAUCCCUAUUUCUAUUCGAACAGCGUUUCCUAUCCAGCAACAUCGUCUCUCUCUCUCUCUCUCUCUCUCUCUCUCUCUCUCUCUCUCUCUCUCUGGGAAAUGGCUAUUCUUAUGGGAAUAGCAUCCAGCAUGAAUUGUACAUAUUCUUGAUUCAUUUCUUUCUUACUCUCGUCCUCUCUCCACCCUUUUCUCUCAUAUUUAGUCUCUGCCUUUCAGUUUCUCAUGCCUUUUUUCUCUUUAAACUCUUCUUCUUCAUCCUCUUUCUUUUUUCUUUCUUCCUUUCUCUCUCUCUCUCUCUCUCUCUCUCUAUUUCUCCCAUUUUUUCUAUUCCCUCUCUGUUUUCUCUCUUUCUCUCUCUUCCCCGGUUUCUUUUGUCUCUUCUUGGCUCUUCUUUUCCACUCACUUCUCGCUUCUCAAUGACUGCCCGCUUUCUAAGACUCCCUUCUGUUCCUUAUUUAUCUCUCUUUCCCGCUCUUUCUAUCCUAACUUUCUUUCUAUUUCCUUUUAUUUCUACUUCUUCAUUUCCCUUUCUCUUUUUUCUAUUCUCUCACUCUAUACUACUUUUUUCUCACUUUUUGUCUAUUCUUUUCUUUUCGUCCUAUUCUUAUUCAUCUUUUUUUCUCACGGUCUUUAUUCUCACCAUUUCUGUUUCUCAUAAAUCUCCUCUUCUGCUAACCUAUGUCCUUUUUCCCUUCAUAUCUCCCCAUCUUCUACCGUUUUUAACUCCACCCUCUUCCUCCUCCUCCUCCUCCUCCUCCUCUCAUUUUCUUCAGAUUCUCUCACUUUCUUUUCACUUUCACUUUCACUUUCACUUUUUCCUUCUUUUCACUUAUACUGUUUUUAUUUUCUCUCUCUCUUCCUUCUAUUUUCACUUUCUUUCUUUCUCCUUCACUACUUUCUUUCUCCCUUUGACUUUUAUUCCCACUCAUUAUCUCUCUUCCAUUUUUCUAUUUUGUUCUCGCAUAUCCUUUUCUCUCUCUCUCUCUCUCUCUAUCUCUCUCUCUCUAUCUCUCUCUCUCUCUCCCUCUUUCUGUAUCUUUCUCUUUCUUUCAUUUUUCUUCCUUGUCUUUCUCCCUCUAACCCUCUUUCUUCAAUUCCCCAUAUUUACAUGUCAACCUUUUUAA